CUGCGCCUCCUGGUGAACCGCAGUGCCCGGCGUCACGCAGAGCUGAGCGCCUUCUAACGGGUUCACUGGUAGUGGUGAUAAUUCGCCAACCCAACACAAGUUAGCCACCGCAGUAUUGGAGCUGGGUCCUUGUUAUUGGACUUUGGUGCAAGUUUUCCGCUGAAGGAGUGGACAACUGAACCCCCGCAGACUUUUCCAGCCUAUGGUUAUGGAAUAGCAGGGCAGAUAGGAGCCAGGCGUUAGGCCUGUGGAGAUCUUACGUUAGCUAGCCGUGCUAGCCGAUGUGAAGGCGGUCUGUCCUUGUUUGGGCGCUGUGCUAACUAGCUAGGUGCUAUUUUUGUUAGCAUAACAGAAAGCGACCCGGGAGGUGUUAGCUUGUUUUGGUUUGGAUAUGUUGAGUGAACCUGUCAGGGGUCAACCGCUGUUGUUUUUAACUUUCCAGUAGUUUUAUAUUAACCCAAAAAUAUAACACUGUAUAGUAGGGGAGCUAGCGAGCUAAGUAUGAGUUUCACAAAGUUUAGCUUUUGUUUUGGUGGGUGUUAAACUAUUCAUACAACGGACUGUAUGUUGAUGAUCGAACGUUAUUUAGACGCAGGCCAGACCGCACAUAAUCGCCGCCCCUCGUCUGGACUAUAAUUUAACGUUUAUAUACAUUUCGGUUCUUCACUCCUCGUCCCGCCGACCGCUGUCUACUGUCUUUGGUCGGCUUCAGUGGCUGGCCCCUCGGCACGGAGUGCCCAAUGGAGGAAAAUGACAACAUGGACUAUUUUUACCAGCAGGUCGUGCAAAAAGACGUUACCCGCAGGCUGCAGGUCGGUCAGGACCUUAUUGACUACCUGAACGACCCUCUCCGGUCACCGGACGUGGAGCAGGACAAACCUCGGCUGGAUAAGACCAUAGAUGAGCUGACGGGAUGGGUAAACUCCAGCAAUUUCAAGGUGGCAUUGAUGGGGAUAGAUAUCUGCGGUGCAUUUGUAGAUCGCAUGGGAGAGCGGUUCAAAGGAAACCUGGGCACAGUUUUGCCAGCUCUGGUGGACAGAAUGGGUGAUGGGAAGGACCAGGUCAGGGAGAACAGCCAAGCUCUAAUCCUUCGCUGCAUGGAGCAGACUGCGUCACCCAUGUACGUUUGGGAAAGACUGCUUCUUGGUUUUAAACACAAGAACUUCCGCAGUCGAGAAGGAGUCUGCCUCUGUCUCAGUGCCACACUCAGCGCGUAUGGAGCCCAGUCACUGAGCCUCAGUAAAAUAGUCCCUCAUCUCUGCUCUCUAACUGGAGAUCAGAACCCACAGGUACGUGAGGCCGCCAUUACGUCAUUGGUGGAUGUUUAUCGUCACGUCGGGGAGAGGGUCAGAGCAGACGUGGGAAAGCGAGGCCUGCCUGCUGCGCGGUUGCAGGCGAUAUUUGCUCGUUUUGAUGAAGCCCUGAAUUCAGGCAACAUGGCUCUCAGCCCGAGUCACGAUCGUAAUUUUGAAGAUGACGACAGUGUGGAUGGGAGCCGUUCUUCCUCAGCUCAGGCUGCCUUCAAGGUCCCAAAGGUUCCCAAAAAGCCUGCAGAGUCCUCGGCUGCACGCAGACCCAGUGCUACUGGCAACAAGCUAGUAUCUAAGGAAAGUGCUGGGGCAGUUGAUGAAGAUGACUUCAUUAAAGCCUUCACAGAUGUCCCUGCUGUCCAGAUCUACUCAGCAAGAGAUCUUGAGGAUAACCUGAAUAAAAUCCGUGAGAUCUGCUCUGAUGAUAAACACGACUGGGACCAGAGAGCCAGUGCUAUGAAAAAGAUUCGUUCACUGCUGGUCGCAGGAGCUGCCAGCUACGACUGCUUCUACCAGCACCUACGGCUACUAGACGGAGCCUUCAAGCUGUCUGCUAAAGACCUGCGCUCACAAGUGGUCAGAGAGGCCUGCAUCACUGUGGCCCACCUCUCGUCAGUGUUGGGUAAUAAAUUUGACCAUGGAGCAGAAGCCAUUGUUCCUGUCCUGUUCAACCUCAUUCCCAACUGUGCCAAAAUCAUGGCAACCUCUGGUGUGUCAGCUAUUCGCAUCAUCAUACGGCACACACAUGUCCCUCGGCUCAUCCCUCUGAUAACCAGCAACUGCACAUCCAAGUCUGUGGCUGUUAGAAGGCGUUGCUAUGAUUUCUUGGAGCUUCUGCUACAGGAAUGGCAAACCCACUCUCUAGAGAGGCACACAACAGUUCUAGUUGAGAGCAUUAAGAAGGGAAUUCGAGAUGCCGACUCAGAGGCCAGAGUGGAGGCCCGCAAGGCCUACUGGGGUUUAAGGAACCAAUUUCCAGCAGAGGCCGACUCCCUCUACAACUCCUUAGAGUCAUCGUACCAGAGGACCCUUCAGUCUUGCCUGAAGAGCUCUGGCAGUGUGGCCUCACUUCCUCAGAGUGACCGCUCCUCAUCCUCCUCUCAGGAGAGCCUCAAUCGCCCUCUGUCUUCUAAAUGGUCAGCAGCUCCAGGGCGAGUCCCUGCGGGUUCAAAGGGUGGGGUGUCGUCGGUGUCCCUGCAACGUUCCCGUAGUGAUGUGGAUGUAAACGCAGCGGCAGUCGCUAAGCACCGGCACGUCGGAAAGGCUGGGGGGGGAGCAGGCCGCCUGCCCCCUGGCUCCUACUCUUCACUGGGGACCAGGUCAGACAAUGGCCGUGUACGUACCAAGCAGCCCCUGUCCACUGCCAGCAGCAUGUCCAGCCAAGUGGACUCAAGAGGACGCAGUCGUACCAAGAUGGUCUCCCAGUCACAACGUUCCGACGAAUCCGAUUGCACACCAGGAUCUCAGUCUGCUACCCCUGUUGGUGCCGGCAGUCGGAGUGGUUCUCCUGGUCGUGUGCUGACGAGUACAGCGCUGAGCACCAUGAGCUCAGGGGCCCACAGGGUGUUGGCUGGAGCCAGUGGAGACGGACGCAGACGUAGCCGCAUCCCUCGAAGCCAGGGCUGCUCCAGAGACUCUUCACCCACUCGGCUAUCUGUUGCUCCUUCCAGUAUUAGUUCCAUCUACAACGGCGCAAGUAGAGGAGCUCGGGGCAGUCGUAUCCCUCGGCCCAGUAUGAGUCAGGGCUGCAGCAGAGAAGCCAGCAGGGAGAGCAGCCGGGACACCAGCCCCGUACGCUCCUUCACACCACUUGCAACGCGGAGCUACUCUCGCUCCACCGGAGCUCUUCACACACCUGAUGUUUUUGGGGCUGCAGGAUCAGGUUUGGGCAUCAGUCAGUCCAGUCGUCUCUCAUCAUCUGUCAGUGCCAUGAGGGUCCUCAACACGGGCUCUGACGUAGAAGAGGCUCUCGCAGAUGCACUACUGUUGGGAGACAUGCGGUCCAAGAAGAAGCCCGCACGGCGGCGGUAUGAGAACUACAGCAUGUACUCUGAUGACGAUGCUAACAGUGAUGCGUCCAGUGCCUGUUCAGAAAGAUCCUAUAGCUCUCGCAAUGGAGGAUCUAUCCCAACCUACAUGAGGCAGACAGAGGACGUGGCUGAGGUGCUGAAUCGCUGUGCCAGUUCCAACUGGUCUGAGAGGAAGGAGGGACUGUUGGGCCUACAGGCUCUACUUAAAAACCACCGCACCCUCAGCCGUGUGGAGUUAAAGAGACUGUGUGAAAUCUUCACCAGGAUGUUUGCAGACCCUCAUAGUAAGCGAGACUCCGGCAGGGUGUACGGCACGGCAGAAUCCGGUAUAAGCUCAGCCUCCUUCAAGAGAGUGUUCAGCAUGUUCCUGGAGACGCUGGUAGACUUCGUCGUGGUCCAUAAGGACGACCUACACGACUGGUUGUUUGUCCUGCUCACACAGCUGUUGAAGAAGAUGGGAGCUGACCUGCUGGGUUCUGUACAGGCCAAAGUUCAGAAAGCGCUGGAUGUCACACGAGAGUCUUUCCCGAAUGAUCUCCAGUUUACAAUUCUCAUGAGAUUUACUGUCGACCAGACACAGACACCCAACCUUAAGGUGAAGGUGGCCAUUCUGAAGUACAUCGAAACGCUGACGUUACAGAUGGAGCCUCCAGACUUCGUGAACCUCAGUGAGACUCGGCUGGCCGUCUCGCGCAUCAUCACCUGGACGACUGAACCAAAGAGCUCUGAUGUCAGAAAGGCUGCGCAGUCCGUGCUCAUCUCCUUGUUCCAGCUCAACACUCCAGAGUUCACCAUGCUGCUGGCAGCUCUGCCCAAAACCUUUCAGGACGGAGCCACCAAACUGCUUCAAAACCAUCUGAAGAACACUGGCAAUGUUGCACAAGCAACAAUGGGAAGCCCUCUGACACGACACACACCCCGAUCUCCAGCCAGCUGGUCCAGUCCAGUCACUUCCCCCACCAACACCUCCCAGAACACACCCUCGCCAAGUGCUUUUGAUUACGACACAGAAAACAUGAACUCGGAAGACAUCUACAGCUCGCUGAAAGGUGUCACUGAAGCCAUCCAGAACUUCAGCUUCCGCAGCCAAGAAGAUAUGAAUGAACCUGUUCAACGGCGGGAAGGAGAGGAGGGUGGCAGUGGGUCAGAUUUGAUGGACGGAGGCCGCAUGGCUCUGGACAACAAGACAUCUCUCCUGAACACUCCGCUGCUCUCCUCCAGCCCCAGAGGUGCCCGUGACUUUUCCGAUUCUCCCUUUAAACAAAGUCGUAAAGACACUGGCCUGGACGACUCGGAGCUUCUAACUGAUGACAGCAGUCUGGACCAGUCAGAGCUGGUGGCCGAGCUGCUGAAGGAGUUGUCAAAUCACAAUGAGCGAAUAGAGGAGAGGAAGGCUGCAUUGUGUGAGCUGCUGAAGUUGAUUCGCGAAAACACCCUGCAAGUGUGGGAUGAACAUUUCAAGACCAUCCUGUUGCUCCUGCUUGAGACGAUGGGUGACCGAGAGCAUGUGAUUCGAACACUGGCUCUGCGGGUGCUGAGAGAAAUUCUCAGCAAGCAGCCCUGGAGGUUCAAGAACUACGCAGAGCUCACCAUCAUGAAGGCCCUGGAGGCUCACAAAGACCCUCACAAGGAGGUGGUGCGCGCAGCAGAGGAGACGGCAGCCAUGUUGGCAUUGUCCAUCAGUCCAGACCAGUGUAUCAAGGUCUUAUGUCCCAUCAUCCAGUCAGCUGACUACCCCAUCAACUUGGCUGCCAUUAAGAUGCAGACCAAAGUGGUGGAGAGGUUUCCCAGAGAGGGUCUGGCCAGCAUGCUGCCUGAGAUAGUGCCAGGACUCAUACAGGGUUACGACAACUCUGAGAGCAGUGUGAGGAAAGCGUGCGUGUUCUGCUUGGUGGCCAUUUAUGCAGUGAUCGGAGAGGACCUCAAACCACACCUCGGCCAACUCUCCAGCAGCAAGCUGAAGCUGUUGAAUCUGUACAUUAAACGUGCCCAGUCCGGCUCCAGUGGCAGUGAACCCCCUUCUGAAGGUCUAUAGGAGACACUGCGCCCUCCCACAGGGCAAACCUAGAACUGCAACUCUGCCCACCAAACACAAAACAUCUGCCCAUGUGUUCACCUCCACACAGACCAAGAACAAAACUGACGUCCUAACAUUCUGUCACAUGAGCAAACUGCUUACACCUACACGUACGCUUGCACUCUGGACAGCAGAGUGACGUUCACACAUACAUACACGCACUCGGUCCUCGUGCGUGUGCUGCCACGCAACAAGACCCGGAGGAGAGGAGUGUUGGAGGGUUCACCUGGUCAUCGCUGCCUGAACUGAGUCCAUAAAUUUGCAUUAAACAUAAAGAAACGAUCACAUACAGUCACCCAUGUUUGUCAAUAAUCACUCAAGGAUGAAGAUAUGAAAUGUCCGUCCUCUCCUUUAUCGCUCAAACACAAACUUCUGAUCGACAUCAACAGGAAGAGGUUGCACCUGCAUAGUUCUCGUUUUUCUGUGAGUGGAGUUUAAUAUUCAUCAAACUGCACUGAGAAGAACUAACGGUGCCAUCUAGGUUUCCUUUAUCAGUGAGUAAGAGUGGCCAGGUAGAAAGGAUUGUGUUGUGUCACAGUUGGAUUUAAUCAGUGAGGUUUUACUGCAGCAGCUUUUAAUGUCAGGAGUCGUCGUGCUCACACACAGAUACACAGGUUUUCUUUCAAAAAGGUGCUUAUGAGCCAAAAAGGUACGACUGACCCGACCGACGCUACACAGUACUAACGCCAGUCACCGUGGAUCAUGCCUGCUCAUAGCAAACACAGUGCAGAGGCAGAUUCCAAAGUAUAUGAGGCGUUGUGUGCUCGCAUAUGCAUGAUACUAAAUUUAAAAAGAAAAAUCGUUUUUAUCUGGAGUCUAUUCACAGUCAGAGUUAAAUGUGACUGGGGUUUUAAAUUGAUGUGAAAGUGUCCAACCCUUUCAGAUAACUCAGUGGUGUUGUCCAUUUCUCCCAGUUCAUCUUGGAUCAGUCCACUGGUGCGUGUUGCAAACUACAUAAUGAAUGACGUUGUGCAUAAGUAUCUAUGUAUCUUGUGAAAAUGGAUUACGCAGCAACAGUGUCAUUAAGGAGAGUCAUCCAGAGGUGUUGCACACGAGCACGCACGCACCUGUGCCCAUCCACAUGUUAGCUCUCGCUCUCUCUCUUUCUCUCUCUCGCUGUCUCACUCAUACUUAUUUUUCUCUGCUGAGAAAAUUGUAGAAAUGUAUUAUUUGCAGCUCAGAAAAAAAAGGAAAGUUGUCAGUAACAUCACCCUUUUCUUUCCUCUUCAUUGUGUCUUUCUUUGCUUCCCUUUCUUGUAACAUUCUAGUUUUCACUGUUUCCUCUGUGCAUUUACAAAGCUGUGCUUACAAUAAAGUAAAGAACUUGUACAGAUCAAAA